AUGCGCUUCUUCUUCUUGAUUUUUCCCCCCUUUCUCGUUCUCGCCCAGCAAUACGCCGGCGACACCAUCAUCAGCGGCGCGAAUUUGCCCCCCGUCGCAGGCGCGGAAGUCGCGUUUUUCAAAAUUUUCGAUCCGACCGGCGCCAACGAGCAUCUUACUUUGAUCAACUACUAUUCUCUCGGCUCGGAUGGACAUCGGAUUGUGGAGGGCAAGGUUCGGAGGGCGGUUAUUGUGCUGCAUGGGCUUUUGAGGGAUCCGUGGAAUUAUGAGAAUGAUAUGCUCACGGCUCUGGCACAAGCCCAUGCUGGAAAUGCCGACAUCUCCGCCGACUCUGUCGCCGUCAUCGCGCCCUAUUUCACCAAUGGAGCUGACAAGAACACGGCCUAUCCAUGGACUGAAGGCCUCAAAGCCGGUCGAGGCAGCACCUCCAACGCCCUUGUCUGGUCUGGCUCUCAGUGGUCCGCCGGCGCCAACAACCAAUACCCAGUUUCCAGCACGAACACUUCCAGCUUCUUCGUCCUCGACACACUGAUCAGCUAUUUCGACGAUAAGACGCUCUUUCCAAACUUGAAGCAGAUCGUGGUCGCUGGCCACUCCAUGGGUGGGCAGAUGGUACAGCGAUAUGCUUCAGUCUCAACUCUGCAAACGACGAGCCCCGUCACUUACUGGAUAGGCAAUCCUAACAGCUAUGCCUGGCUCAGUACUGAUCGCCCUCUGUCGACCUCCGCCUGUGCCGCAUAUGACAAUUACCGCGAGGGCUACGCUAACUACGACACUUACGGUGAUGCAAUGACUUACGGCAGUGCGCUGGUAGCACAAGGUCGCCAGGCCAUCGGCUACAACUAUGGUCAGAAGCAGAUCGCUUAUGCUCGCGCGCUACUCGAUCACGGAGACCACUCGACCGACUGUGCCGCAAGCACGACAGGUGCUGACCGUCACGAGCGAUUCUUCUUCUUCAUCAAAGCCUUUGCUCCAUCUUGCACCGAUCCUGCAGGCGUCAAUUGCGACACUGUCGACCUGAUCAACGUCUCGCAUGACAAUGGUCAAAUGUUCAAUUCUCCAGCUGGCCAGGCACGACUCUUCACCGACAACUUCUACGGCGAUGGAUCCCGAGCUUUUGACUUCGGCUACCCACGCCAGCAGGGAGGCGACGACCCCUACCCAGAUCCAAACCAAGUCAGCAUCUCAGGCAAAAGCAUCACAGGCAACUGGAAUGGAAUGACAUACCAAGGCUGCUGGACAAAUCAAGCCCCCACCACACCCUCCGCCCUCCCGACUCUACUCUACGACAAUUCCGGAAACUCCAUCGAAGGCUGCACGAGCGGCUGUCAAAAUGCGGGAUACGCGAUCGCUGGGGUACAGAACAGCACGCAAUGUUUCUGCGGCAACGCCCUCAAUUCGCAGAGCGCCGUCUUGGUCGUCGACAGUAGCUGCAGAUUGCCCUGUCCUGGCAAUGGGUAUGAGAUUUGUGGCUCGAAUGGGAGGUUGAGUGUCUUUGCCGCUACGUACCCGGCUUUUGAGUAG